AUGGCAACAGCUUCUACUGUUGAUCAUCCCAAGAUGGCGGACGAGGAGAAAGCCACGGCGCUCCCAGUUGCUACUGAAGCCAAGAAACGUCGGGCACCUAAAGCUCCAGAGCUUCCCAUUGUGGAGAGGAGAAACUGGCUAAUCCACCAGCACUACAUCCGCAAAGACUAUGAUACCUGUAAGGCCAUCAUCAAAGAACAACUGCAGGAGACUAAUGGAAUGUGUGAAUAUGCCAUAUAUGUUCAAGCACUAAUCUUACGUCUUGAGGGCAAGAUCCAACAGUCCCUGGAGCUGUUUCAGAGCUGUGCCAUCCUUAACCCCAGCAGCGCUGACAAUCUCAAGCAAGUGGCCAGAUCACUAUUUCUCCUGGGAAAGCACAAAGCAGCCAUUGAAUUCUAUCACGAAGCUGCAAGGCUCAACGAAAAAGACUGGGAGAUCAGUCAUAAUCUGGGAUUGUGCUAUUUCUUCAUCAAAGACUUCAAAAAUGCUGAAGAGCAUCUUAACAUAGCUCUCCAGAUAAAUAAGCACGACAAGACUUUCAUGAUGCUUGGGAAGGUUCAUUUGCUGGCUGGAGAAACGGACAAGGCCAUCGAAGUGUAUAAGAGGGCGGUGGAAUUCUCUCCGGAGAACACUGAACUCCUGACUACUCUAGGCCUGCUGUUUUUACAGCUUGGGAAAUACCAAAAAGCUUUUGAGCACCUUGGAAAUGCCCUCACUUUUGACCCCAACAAUUACAAGGCCAUCCUGGCUGCCGGCAGCAUGAUGCAGACCCAUGGGGACUUUGAUGUGGCCAUGAACAAGUAUCGAGUGGCAGCAUGCGCCGUCCCUGAGAGCCCCCCUCUCUGGAACAACAUCGGCAUGUGCUUCUUUGGAAAAAAGAAAUAUGUAGCUGCCAUCAGCUGUCUGAAGCGGGCCCACUACUUGUCUCCUUUUGACUGGAAGGUGUUGUACAACCUGGGUCUGGUACACCUGACCAUGCAGCAGUAUGCCUCGGCCUUCCACUUCCUCAGCGCAGCCAUCAACCUGAACCCGCGAAUGGGGGAACUGUACAUGUUGCUGGCAGUGGCCCUGACCAACCUGGAGGAUGUCGAGAACGCCACCAGAGCGUAUGAACAGGCUGUGACGAUGGACGAAUCCAACCCUCUGGUCAACCUGAACUUUGCCAUCUUCCUCUAUAAUCAUGGCGAAAAGAAGGGAGCUCUGGAUCAGUAUCAAGAGAUGGAGAGGAAAGUCAACUUACUUCGAGAUAGCAGUAGCAACUUUGAAUUUGAUUCUGAGCUGAUGGACAUGGCUCAGAAGAUGGGAGCUGCCCUGCAGGUGACAGAGAGUCUGGUGUGGACUAAACCAGGCAAAGACUCCAAAUCAAAACCAAACUCUGCAGCAGCCACUAAAACCCCUGGUGCUCCCCUUGGUACGAACCAAGCUCUGGGCCAAGCCAUGUCUUCUGCUGCGAGCUACAACAAGAACAUCCAGCUGCCAGCAGGAGUUUCCAAAGGCCCCUCCAUGCCCCUUGAGCCAGAGCCAGAUGUGGAGAAGGCCCCCAGUCCACCUACUGAUCCUCCAGGCUCCCCAGAACCUGUUGAGUCUGCCAAACCCAGAACCUCCAAGAGGAAACCCAAGGUGGAGGCAUGACUUAGCUUGGUGACCACAGUCUUUGUCAUAAGAUCGCUCUCGUAUUAUGGAGGUAAUUCUUAAACAGCGACCAGGCAAUUUAUGUUUUUUUAGCUCAGUGUAGUUAGACAUGAAGCCUCGAGUUAUCAGCUUCUAGUUUAGGUACAUGAUGCAAAGACAUUUCAUGUCUUUCACAAUACUUUACACUGAAAAUGGUCAAUGUGCACUUUUUCCAUACUUUUAUUUCAGGAAUAUUGAAUGUCAAUUCACUUUUCAAACCAAAAUUCUGAGAUAAUCUACUGUUUCUUGUAAAUCUAUGUAGACGUGGCAGGUUUGGUGCAAAUGUCAAAACCAGUCGACAAAAACUAGCCGACAAAAUGCCAGUCGGGGCAUUUGUGCAGGUGUAAUGUGAAUGAGCUGAGCAAUAAGGUUAAAUGAUGAAUUUUCCUCGUAAUGACAUUUCUAUGGAAGGCGUGAGUCCUUUGCUGCUGGGAGUCCCAUCAGCUACAUAAAUGUGACGGAAAUGCUGCGACAAUCACUGCUAAAAUCUGAGGAGACAAAGGGAGGCUUUCGAAUAGUUACCAGAUGUUGUUUGUUUGUGUGAUAGGGCUCUUUUUGAGGGUUGAGUGUAAAUAGUGAUACAUGCUUUUAUAUGUGGAUAAAUGUUAUGUUUAUAGAGAGUAAUGUAUUUAAAAUUAAAUAAGAAAC